AUGGAGAAGCAUCGGAUUAUUCUUGUCUUCCUUCUUCUGUGCACCCUCGCAUCCGUGGCUUCCUCGAAAACACUUUACAUGAGAGCGACAGCCAUUCUUUCAGGAGUGAAUGUUUUUGGAGGUACCAACUUAAACCUCGGAUUUGGACGAGCUGUCAUCUCCGUUUACAUAGAUGGACCGUUUUACGAGGUGCGGACAUUUGUGACGGCCAACAACAUGUUCAGCAACGGUAACAUCCCCUUGUACGGAGUGUAUAUUGGUAGACGCUUCACAUCUCCAGAAAAUGCAGACGGUGUGCGUGUGCCGCCGUUUGUCAUGAACUGGAAGAAUGACACCCUGAACGGCCCCAUAAAUAGGCAGGACUUUCACCAACUUCAACGCACCUACCCCCACUCUCUCCGCAUGCCGUGCGUCACUCCCCCUCACGCGCGGAAGCAGUACGCGAGCUUCUCAGCAGCGAUGCCGCUCCGCACGCCUCUUCCUCUAGAUGACGUGGUCGACGGCUGGGGCAUGGAUGUUGUCCCGCUGGAUCCACCUCGGCCCAGAUCCGACGUCAGAAUUGACAGAUGGCCGGUCACACGACCGGCCGCCGGGGAAACGACUGAGAAGAAGAAGAUCCGACAGACUGCGAACAGAAGAUGGAAGCCGGAGGUUGAGUUGCGGAAGGCGCGGAACUGGGUCGCGGCGCAGAGCCAGGCGGUUGCGCAACGAGCGGGAGAGGCGUGGGGGAACGCGCAGAAGGAAUGCCGGGAGAACAUCGCGGGGAUGUGGAGCCGGCUGCAGGAAGAUGGCGGGCUGAAAACCGUCAAACACAUCUUCGCCGGAGCUACGGCGUCAGUUGUUGCCAGAUCUGCGGUGGCUCCUCUGGAACGUCUGAAGCUAGAGUACAUGGUGUGCGGGGCUCAAGCGCACGUGCCGGAACUAACCCGGCGGAUAUUCGUGCGCGAGGGCAUGAUGGGUUUCUGGAAGGGCAAUGGCGUUAAUCUGCUGCGCAUCGUGCCGUUUAAGACCAUCAAUUUCGUCAUGUAUGACAUCUUCCGUCAAAAGAUCCUGGAUCUGUCAAAGAAGACGGACGUUAACAACUUUGAGCGGCUAUCUGCCGGAGCCGUCGCCGGCGUCAUUGCCACCUUCGCCUGCUUCCCGCUGGAUACGGUUCGGACGAGGAUGAUCGCGCAAGGCGGCAUUGCAUGCACCGAUCUCGCCGGCUGUCUAAGCGAGAUGAUCCGAACGCAGGGUUUUUUCGGCUUGUAUCGAGGCAUCUGGCCUGCGGUCUACAGUAUCGCUCCUUCCUGUGCAAUUUUCUACGCCGCUUACGAUUUCAUGAAAACCACGCAUCUGCAAUCCCAGGAUAAGCCGAAACUUCCAGUGAUAGACAAGAUCUCGUUCCUACCUUCCGGGAAACUCGCCCUGCCAGGAACCCCCUCUACCUCCCAAUCCGCCUCUCUAUCAGCCGGUCUUCCCUCUUUGGCCAAAGCCGACGGUUCUGCAUCGCAAGCGACAGAUGUAUCCGCGGUAGAGACGGACGCGGUAGAAGCAGCGGAGGUUCGGAAGGAGCUCGGCCCGAUGCGGACGCUGCUGUACGGGGCGAUUGCAGGGGUGGUGUCGGAGUUCGCUACCUAUCCUCUCGAGGUGGUUCGGCGGCAGAUGCAGAUGAGCGGUAUUGAGGGGUCUGUAGCGGUGGCGGGACAGAAGGCGGGAGCGAUGCGGGUGUUGAAAGAGGUGGUGCAGAGAGGAGGCUUUCCUGCUCUCUACGCUGGAAUGGUCCCCGGCCUGCUUCAGGUGCUGCCAUCCGCGGCAUUGAGCUAUUGGGUGUACGACUUCCUCAAGCUACACCUCAAGGUCGACUAG